AUGUUCAGCUCUAUCUCGAGGAUAUUCACCGGACAUACGCCAUCCAAGCACUCGUCUCCUGGUCCACAAAGACCAGACGUUGAAGAAUCCAUCGACAGAACUUUUCCUUCCACCGCGCCUGCCGAGUACCCCGAUGGUAUCGACGAUCGUCAGUUAGCAAGAAUGGCGUCGCAAGAUUGGGACCGAGAUACCGCCUUGAAUUUGCCCAACGGCUCCGACAACGACGAAGCUUUCGAUGACGAGGUUCCCGAUGGCAUCACCGACGACUACGUAGACCCCUUCGCCUCCAUGCAGCCCUUCUCCACACAGGCAGUGCUUGACGAAGACGUCACUGCGCCCACCUACGCAUCGAGUGACGAUGCCUCCGUAAAAAAAAAGAAGGCCAAGAAGGGGAAGAAGUCCGACGAGAAAAAGACUCGUACGAAGAAGGGAAAGAGCAAGAGAAAGUCCUCCGACUUGGAUCAACCCGGACUGCCCCUCCCAACCCCUAUCACAAGCGGCCCCACGAGCCAUUCUGCUGCCGAAGAAGCAAUGGUGAUCGACGGCGAAGCCCACGAUGAACAGGAUGCCGUGGCCCAACAGCAGAAGAAGCGUAAGCGCAAAGCGCGGAACGAAAAUGACUCGAGCGAGGGCCAAGACCCUACUCGCCAAAAGAAGAAAAAGAGACGUGCCGCCCUCGAGGACAUCCAAGACGUCGACAUGGACUCGCAGCCUGAAGAGAGCGUGCCCGAAUCACCCGUUCAGCCCGUCGCAAACGGCAUGAAGGUUCAAAGUCCUGCCUACCAACCCGACCCUGCCCCAGACUCGACCUUGAAGUCCGAGCCCCAGCGAUCGCAGCUCCUAGGAGUCUCGAGACAGCUAUUCAGCAAACCCUCCGGCACACCCGCUCUUGAUGCAAGCGACGACGAUAACCCCGUCUCCAUGUCGUCCCCGAGCGUUGCUGCGCAGAGACGGAGGAGCAUGUCACGGGGAUCCCAGAUUUCUGUCCUGAGGCAAAAUCUUGCUCGAGAAGCCGCGUCGCAGUCCGCUCCAAGUUCGCAGGUGGCUGAGUCUUCCGACGAGGCCCCACGUGAACACGGAGAGAGUGCGUUAGAAUCCGACGCUGGAUCCCUUGCCGAUAAUCUCCCGCCAUCUUCUCAGCCACCCAGAGAGGACACGCCAAGCUCGGACGAAGAGCCUCAGUUGCCCAUCAGGACCUUCCGUGAUACUUGGAACGAUCUCAACGGCAAGAAUGCCGGUAACCAGAAAGUCAGCGCCACGCCGCAAAAAACUACUCGUCGUCGGGCCGUCGAGGCUGGUGCAGAUAUCUCUGAAACCGGCAACCUGCUCAGUUCAGCCCAAAAGUCCAGUCGAUCUACAGCGUCCAAGCGCCAGCGUUCGAAGCCAGACUUCUUCGAGAACCCGCCCCAGGACAAGGAUGCUGGAAAGGACCAAGAUGACACAGGCAACCGAGAGACUGUUGACACACGUAAUACCGAGAAAAACGUGGCUGCUUUGACUGAGCCCCCAUCUACCGAGGUAGCCGAGCCUCCGAAGAAGCAGAAGAAGAAGACGCAAAAGUUGGCGUCGUCUCGCGCAUCGACAGCAGCCAACACAGCUACAACGAAGACAAAGGCUAGCAAGAAGGCGGCUUCUCUAGAAGCUGCAUCUCGCCAAGCUGCAGGCCAAUUUGUUACGGGCCAGUUCUCGAUCGACGAGAUGCGGACGCUUACGCAGGCCGUCGAGAAAUACCGCGACGAUCACGGUUUGUCGCAAAAAGAGGUGAACGACCUCAUUCAAAUGAAGAGCUACAGGAGGGGUCGAGAGCAAAGCCACCAAGGUGUCGAACACGACAACGAGCGGUUUCUGGCCAUGUGGGCCGAAAUCUGCGCUGCUCUUCCAAACAGGCGCCGUCAGAAGGUCAUCGACGUCGCCCGUCAAGAAUUCCACAACUUCGCAGCUCGAGGAGGAGGAUGGAAUGAUCAAGAGGAUGCUAGGCUGGAGGAGCUUCACACCAAGUACAACGGCUCUUGGGUCAAGAUUGCCGGAGAGAUGAACCGUCACCCCAACGAUGUCCGAGACCGUUAUCGAAACUACGUUAUUUGCGGCGGUAUCGAACGCUGGCAGAAGUGGACCGAGGAAGAGGAGCGGGAGCUGGUCGAGCAUGUCGUUACCUCGCUACGACGGAUUCAGAGGAUCCCCGGCAACCGAGACAAGGAGCCUCUAUCGCUGAUCAACUGGCAGUCUAUCAGCGAACUGAUGGGCCACAGGCGCAGUCGUCUUCAGUGUAUGAGAAAGUUCAAGAAGCUCAACGUGGAAGUGGGCCCUCGAGAUGUUUUGCAGUCUUCACAAGCCGCCUCGAGGGUCACCUGGGCAUUGGAGAAGGCUCGCAAGCAGAUCCAGGAAAUGCCACCCGAGGCCAAGUACGAACUAGUCAGCGCGAUUCUAGCUGGAGCGGCCGGCCGCGACAAAGCCAUCAGAUGGUCGAAGCUUGUCGACGUGUCGUUUCGCCGAAAAUGGCCCAGGCCAACGCUCAAGCUGCUGUGGCAUCGCCUGAAGCAACAGGUUCCAGGCUACGAGGGGAAGACGGUUAGAGACUGCGCCCGCUGGCUGCUUGAGGAUGCCGAGGCCAACAACCCACGAGACGCCCGGUUCCUCGAUGGUGGACACGCGGAUGGCGAUGCGGAGGAUGAAUCGAUGGUUGUUGACCCUCCGAAGAGGACGGUCGGUCGACGAGCCAACAAACCCAAGAACCUCAGCGAGGAGAUGGUGGUUGAUUCUGACGACUCGGACGACGAGGAGACCCGACUGACGGGCCUCGAUUCUCCUUCUGCUCAACAGCAGCCUUCCUCGGCGGCGGCGGCGUCGCAGCGAACUACCCCGUUCGUGGUCUGCUCACCGGAGGGUUCUCCUCGCACAUCUCCGUCGUUGCCACCCGCGGCAUCCCAAGACAAGUUUAGGCUGGCACCGACCGAGACUGGAGGCGUCAAGCCUAGCCCGGCUAAGAAGCGGAUCAGGCUUUCCGGCGGCAAGUCGGCACGGCAGCGUUCCAUCGAGGAAGAUGGUGGUUCGCCUGAACCCAUGGCCUCCCAGUACUCAGCGGCGGAGGAUAUACCGGACCGUCUCAAGGAGAAGAAGGAAUCAGCCAGGCGACGGAUCUCUUCGGGCAGCCGACUUCGAUCCACGGCAUCGCUUCAGCCAGAGUCGGUGCAAAACAGCGAUGUGGACGAAGACAUGCCACCGAUUCACGUGCCGCCCUCGACGCAGGCGGUGACGCGCAAGCGCAACAUGUUUAAACUAUCUCAGGGGAACUGGGCCAGGAAGACGGGAGCAAGCGUGCUGCCGGGCGAGGCGAUUGAGCCAACGGAAAGCACCAACGGACACACUGCUCAGGGGGAGAUUGACACGGCGGCGUCUACACCGGCCGCGAAGCCGCGUGAGGCGAAGCGCCGACGCAUGAACAGGGAAGUGGCAGAGUCACCAGCUUAG